AUGCCUCGUCGAUUCGUCACACGGCUUGCUCGCCAGGUUGGGGGUCUUCCGCUGGCCGAAUUGCCCCCUCCGUACCUUGCGCCGUCCCUCCAUUUCUCACUCAUCCGAUCACCUGUCCAAUCCUCCAACUUCUCGUCCACCGCGGUUGCCGCUGGCCAUGGCCGGGAUCUCAGCAAGUCCCGCGGUGUCUCUGCCAUCCACCGAAGUGGUCCCAAAUUCAAAUUGGGCGUGUCGAAAUACCCAUUGCCGAAGCCUGUGUCUCCCGAGUCGUUGGAACGCCGUCACCCUACACCUGACCAUGGACUGUGGGGUUUCUUCCCCAAGGGCAAAGAGGCAUUGAGCUCGCCGGAAUACGAUACCGCCCAUGGCCGGCCUUGGUCAAUCCAGGAACUCCGCGAAAAGUCCUGGGAUGAUCUCCACAGACUCUGGUGGGUUUGUGUCAAGGAACGCAACCGCAUAGCCACCUCCAACUUGGAGCGUCAGCGGUUGAAGGCCGGAUACGGAGAAUAUGAAUCGGAAGAACGGGAGCGAGUGGUCCGUGUCACUCAGAAAUCUAUUAAGCACGUUCUGCGGGAGCGAUGGUACGCCUGGGAGGACGCACAGAAGCUUUACAAGCAGGGUUAUCGACCCCAGGAGGACAACCAGGAAUAA